AUCACUAUCCCAAGUUAAAGUAAAUUGGUUAUUUUCAAAUAAUAACAAUAAAGAUACUAAGGUAGCUGCAUUCAAUACAAUAGAAUUCCAAAGAUUUGGAAUUUCUACUUUCCAACUCUUAAGACUUGCUCUGUAGUCCAUGUUCAACAUAUAUUACCGUCCUAAUGAAAAUUUGUUGCUUUCGGGUAUUCGCUUGCGAAGAACUUUGGGACUGUCUGUUUAUUGUAAAACGUAGCCAGGACUAUGUACUGUAUACUAGUGUCGACCAGUUGCCUCUUAGAGAAUCGGUUGAACUACGUGCAUUACAACUAAUGGUGCCCAACGAUAGUCAGCCAAUGGAUAUGGACAGCAACUGUCUAGAAUGUGUUAUCAAGUCUCUGGAAAGUUCUAUUGACCUAAGACGAUCAUUGAUGAGAAAAAUGAGUAUAAUUACAUCAAUGGAUAACAACAACAUAACAGUCAGCGUACAAGACAUCAAUCUAAUAGAACCCCAAAAAUAUCGAUUACAAUAUACAUGGUGUGAAAUGUAUGAAAAAACCAAUUUAGAAUACAGAGAACUAGAAGAUAUAAUGGCAUGGCUUUCAACUCUUGGUGGAGCGUUUUCAUCAUUAGGUGAUAAGACAGAACAAUGCGCAAUUGUGGCUGGGAAAAUAUCUUUGCAGCAGUUACAAAUUGCAAUAAAGAUUGGUGAUCCAUUAAUUGCAGCUCGAUGUCAACUUUAUGUUGCAAUUAGUCUUAUGCAGCGUGGUCAAUUUAAAACUGCCAGGAGAAUUAUUAAAAAACAAUAUUUGUUUGUUAAAUCUCACUUGGUUGUUGAUGAGCGACUUGUAAAAAUGUGCUGUGGUAUAUGGACUAAGUUACGAUAUGAACAAAAUAAAACCGUAUAAAAUUCUAAUAUUUUAUUAAAGAAAUAAAUAAAUUACUGUUAAAUGUUGUAUAUGUCACUUGUUAAAAAAUUAAUCCUUUUUUUUGUGUUGGUUUAUAUGUUUUAAGAAAUAUAUUUAUGUUUAAGUAUUUAAUUAAAGUAUAAUUAAAAUAGAUAAUAAGUCAAUCAGAUAAUAGCAAUGAUUAUAUAGAAAAUUCUAUUUUUGUACUAUGAUUAGGUUAUAACUUAUGGUGCACGGCUUUAAGAAAUGUCUUCAAUUUUUUUUUUUAAUAAGCCCAUAAUUUCGGUCAUUAAAUUUUAGAUCCUAAAAAUAUGUUUUCAAUGUUUAAUAUGUUUUUAUUUAUGAACCUAUUAUGAUUUCUAACCUAAUACUCUUGAAUAUUAACUGACAGCCAUCAAGGCAUAUUAAAAUUCAUGUUAGGU